AUGUCGAAAAAGCUGACAUCAAACAUACCCCAAGACAACGAUGGUCAACUGCCCAGAAUGACUACCAGACAAUCCACAGCUUCAGCUACGACCGCUGUGCCAUCCGAAGACAUCCCGAGUCGAAUGGCCCACCUCGAAGCACAGAUACAGGAGGUCAAGGAUCUACUAGUUAUCCUUACGGCAGCCCAGACCAGAAUCCCGUCCACACCACCGGUGGACGCCCCCAUACCCACAGUCGAAGCCACGGAGCAACGAACACCUCGCACACGAAACACCCCCGAGACAGUUCAAUUGCCACCUCUUCAGAACACUCGUUCUCCAUCGAUUCCAGGGUCGUCACGAAUGCACACCAAGGACCCCCCGAAUCGCUAUAAGAAAUCAACCAUCUCUGAGAAAAUCCUUCCUCUCAGCGAUGGGAAGUAUCCGAAGUAUAAUGUGAAGACUUCGAUACUCGAAGCAGUAGGACAAGAGCCCCAUUACCUGUCCGCUACGCAUGGAUUCCGCAGUGCAGAGGAGAUGAUGGAUCUACUAGGUUCAUACUACCUCACAGGCAACGAGACGGAACAGGCCAGGAACCUCUUCGACGACCUGCAAAUGGGAGAGAAGGGGCAUGCUAGCGAAACCUUCCCAGAGUUCAAGGCUCGUUUUCAAAGUGCAGCUAUCACUGGACAAGCCUCCGAGUCAGAAUGGUUUCAGUACAUGUGGAACAAGUUGACUCCCCAAUUCCGCAGCCGCGUCGCGAUCAUCAAAAACCAAUGGAAUGGAGAAUACCAGACCAUGGACGUCCACACGUACCACGGAUACUGCAAGGCCGUCGGCGUCGAAGCCGACUCCAGCCAUAUCCGCUCUGUUCACCUGAACCGCAUUCCUCCCCAAUGUGGCAAGCCCGGCCAUUUCCAGGACAAAUGCCCCCUUAACGCUACUAUCAGGGAAAGGGACCGUAACGACCCCGAGGCUGAAGAACAAUGGAAAGAAGCCGUGGAACUUCAAUUAGAUGCGUCCCUCGAGGAAAACGACGAGGCCUAG